UCACUAUGCCAACACCAAAGUACCCUUUUCUAAGAAUUCGUCAGAAGCGUCACAGACCUGGCCCCCUCUAUGGUCGCCUUGGCAACCCUGUCGGCUGAGGUCAAGGCUUGAAUCUGCGCACUGCUUGUGGAAAACACUUACCUCGUUCUGGGGUAAAGUGGCCAGCUGGAUUUGCUAAAUGGGGCAAAAUUAGCGAAGAAAAACACUGGAGUGCAACUGCGUGACGUCCGGAAACCGAAGAUGGAAUCCAGCUACUUGGGCCCUUAUCACGACUGCUCUUUUAGGGACCCUCUAACUGCCCUUUUUAGGGGACUGAAAGUAGCAUUGAAUUCUUUUUAUAAAGCUCUUAGUGAUAAGGCGAGUAAGAAAACAGCAGCGAAGAGAAAGAACACCCAGCGAGCUUCCUCUAACGUUUUCGCCAUGUUUGAGCAGUCACAGAUUCAGGAGUUCAAAGAGGCUUUUGGCUGCAUUGAUCAGGACCGAGAUGGUGUGAUUAAGAAAUCAGACCUGAAGGAGACUUAUGCACAAUUAGGAAAACUGAACGUAAGCGACGAGGAACUGGAUGCCAUGUUGGCAGAGGGGAAAGGCCCCAUCAACUUCACUGUCUUCCUCUCUCUCUUUGGAGAAAAACUUAAUGGUACGGACCCAGAGGACACCAUCCUCAACGCAUUCAAGCUCUUCGACCCCGAGAGCACCGGCUUUGUCAAGAAGGACGAGUUCAGAAGACUUCUGAUGAACCAGGCAGAUAAGUUCACAGCAGAAGAGGUGGAACAGGCUUUUUCCUUGGCCCCGAUCGACGUGUCUGGGAAUAUCGACUACAAAUCUCUUUGCUAUAUUAUCACACAUGGGGAUGAGAAAGAGGAAUCGUAAAGAAAAUACAAAUAACAUAGAUGAACCUUGAAUAUGUUGAACUGGCUGUUGGAUGAAAAAAGGUGAAAUUAGUGUGGACACUGUGUGCGUUUGUUAGAGGAGAGCAGUAUUUCAAUAAUAAUAAUAAUAAUAAUAAUAAUAAUAAUAAUAAUAAUAAUAAUAAUAAUCAGAAUUAAAGGAAUACUCCAACUUUCUCCAGUUUAAUCUCUAUCUACCCCAUCUAUAGUUUAUAUGCAAUUAUAACAGAAAAGAAUCUCAUGUUUUGACUGAAAACCAUUAAGUCCAAAUUCAAUUAUAAUUUAAGUCUAAGUGCAGUUGUUAUAUUCUGUCAAUAAACAUUUACCCCAAAAAACACACA